AUGAUGGGGAAUAUAACGAUUAGUUCGAUUGAGAAGAGGAUCUUGAGAUUUCCCGGGCUAAAGAGUGCGGGAGUCGUGACGUUGAAGGGGAAUGUUUCUACAUUUUGGAUCCUUGAUAAACGUAUCGCAGAUUACUAUUCGCCAGUCGGUCCUUCUUUGAAGUCUUGUGGCUCUCUCACCGCAUGGGGAAACAUAUCAGAACUAUUGAUGCCCAACUUCAUCGGUGGUAAAGAUACACACGAACCCAUCUCUAUCGAUGUGCAAACAAUCUAUAAAUCGUCUGUGCCUAUCAACUUCGACGCUCUCACUAAUGCCGCCGAUAUUUAUGUUAACAGUUUCGUUGAACCUCUCCACAUGCCUGUUCUGGCAAAUCCUCUCCCUCCCAGCCCUCCAAUACCUAAACGAGUCCCUUCGAGUAUAAAAUAUAUCGCCCUUUCGACUGCACAUCUCUCCGUGCAGUCUUUGAUCACACUUCCACAAUAUUCGCAGCGCAGAAUGGUUACAACUCACCAGAAUAUGAAAGUCGGACUAGGGUUUGGACUGGGACUUGGAGGGGGGCUAGCGGCAGUUAUAGGAUUUGUGUGGUUGUUGAGAUGGAUCAGGAAGAGGAAGGCUGGGAAAUCACCCAGAAAAGAAGGAGAUAAAGGAGGUGAGAAUGCUGAAGGUCAGAUUAAUGCCACUACGAGGAGCGAGACAGAAGGUGAUAGCAAUGAGACCACUAAAGUGGAGACUACUGUUAGAAGCUCACGUGAGCUAGAGAUCAGAGUUAAUAGUAUAGAGGAAAACAGUUUCGACGAGCGAAGUUCAAAAACGGGUUACCUGAGAAUACUAUUCACAUUGCCCAAGUUUAUGACCAACAUUUACAUUAUUGCCUUCUCCUGGCACGUCAUAUAUUUUACUUACACUAAAUCCUCCAUUUCCUCACCACAAAACUUCACAAGUAAAGAUGAUAAUACCUGCUGUAUUACCGACAUCGACAACCCCUGGCGAGAUUCUAUGCAAAUCAUCGCUCUCGUUACGUUAGUUGUCUUGGGAAUCUACAGUUUUGUCCACCUUAUCAUUUCUCGGUACGAAGUACAUAAACUUGAAAAGAACCUUUCUAGUUUGAGGUUUGAGACGAUGGACGAUCGUGUAGAACAACUGAGGAAUCAUGAGCGUAAGAUUAGAACGACACUCUUCGAGGACUAUUUUCAGCAAGAUGCAUCACAGCUAGCGCAAAUACGGGAUCUUCAAAAUACAACCAUUGUCUUUGAACGAGGAGCUAUGAAUCAUUUUGCGGACGGCUUUGAGGCGGCUAAAAGAGAAGCUUGUGAAAUAUUACAACGGGAAUUCUCUAAAAGAUAUGAAGUAGAGCCGUCUCAGGUCAAAAGAAAGCGGCAUGGGGGAUUCGGUCCGGUUCUGAAGUAUAGUCAAAGAAAUCGUCCUCUAAUGACAGAUUUGAUGGAUGUUGAUGAAAUAUUUGAUAGUCUGUAA